AUGACUAGACAGGACUUGGCCACUACAUUGAUCCACGGUGAUGACAUUAAAAAUAGGGUGCCCGAUGUGGCACCACCUAUUAACGUUGCUACCACAUUCAGGUACGAUGAGAACGACCUGGUACCUUGGAAUGAAAGGGAAGACCUAGAAUUCAUGGAUAGAACACCCAUUUACUCCCGGUUAGGCCACCCUAAUGCCACUAGGCUCGAGAGUAUAUUCUCUGAGAUUUUGGAAGGCCAUGCUGUCAUAUAUUCGUCAGGCCUGGCGGCUUUCCAUGCAGCCAUGACUCAUUUUAACCCUAAGCAGUUAUUCAUAGGUCAAAGUUACCACGGUGUCCACGGUAUUGCAGACAUAUUGUCCAGAAACUACGGCCUCAUACAAAGGUCUCUGGAUGAUAUCGAAGAGUAUGCCCAAAAAGGUGACAUAGUUCACAUCGAGACGCCUGUUAACCCAUUCGGCACCUCUUAUGACUUACAAUCGUUUGCCGACAAGGCUCAUUCCAGGGGAGCUCUACUAAUGGUCGAUUCAACAUUUGCUCCACCUCCACUACAAUAUGCUUGGAACUUUGGUGCUGAUAUAAUUAUGCACUCUGCGACUAAAUUCUUUGGUGGUCAUUCGGACUUGUUGAGUGGUGUCUUGGUGACCAAAGAUGAAGAAGUGAGCAAACGCCUGAAGGAUGACAGAAUAUACCUGGGAACCAAUGUUGCAAACCUGGAAAGCCAUUUGCUACUAAGGUCAUUAAGAACUUUUGAAAUGAGAAUUUUGAAGCAAUCACAAAAUGUAACUAAAAUUGUCGAACAUUUAGUCUCAAACAGAGAUAAAUACUCAAAGGUCUUGAGACAAGUAUUUCAUUCAUCAUUACAAGAUGAAUCAUUCGUAAAGAAACAAUUAAUAGGUGGUUAUACACCAGUAUUCUCGAUCACACUGAUGAAUAAGGAACAAUGUAAGCAAUUGCCUCUAAAGUUGAAAUAUUUCCACCAUGCUACCUCUUUGGGUGGUGUAGAGUCCCUCAUUGAAUGGAGAGCCAUGACAGAUCCAUAUAUUGACCAAACACUGAUUAGAUUUUCUAUAGGCUGUGAAUCAGCCGAUGACCUGAUUGCUGAUCUUGAUGCAGCUUUUAUUGAACUUGAAAAGCUACAAUAG